AUGGCAGAAGCUCGAUUGCUUUAUCCAAAGCUGGUAGUUUUCGGAGCCUCGGGACCGACUGGACAGGAGGUUGUUAAACAGGCUUUAGCAAAAGGUCAUUCAGUGACAGCAGUCGUAAGAAGCCCGGAUAAAUUCACGCUCAGGUAUUUUAGAUUGGGUCUUCGGGAACACCUUGAUAUUGCAAUAACCGCUUAUGUUAGCCUUUAAAGCUCUUUAUGGAUUUAAAGCUCUAUACCCUUAGGAACCAGCUAAAGCUGGUACAGGGGGUGGUGGGUUAGAGUUAGGAGAGUUCUAAACUAAAAAUGUCUGUAGAAGGAAGACGUAAUAAAAUGUCAACUGAUUUUGAUGAUAAAUUGCUGUUAACGUUAUUAUAAUGAGUUUAAAAUAGUUAUGUUCAGCAUUAGCAAAUCCAAAAAAAGGAUUCUUUAUCUCCCCCUGAUUAAACUGGAAUUUGAAAAUCUCAGAGUUAAUUAAGGUAAGAGUUAGUUUGGGGUAGAGGGGUCAUUCAGGGCGGACAGCAGUCGUAAGAAGCCCAGAUAAAUUCACCCUGAGGUAAUUUAGGUUGGGUCUUCGGGAACACCUUGAUAUUGAAAUAACCGCCCAUGCAUAAUAGAGGGUUCUGCUGAUCGACUCGCGAUAGCUCAACAAACGUACAUUGAGUUGAAGUAAGACUUAUCACGAGUUUCACAUGAAAUACAAAUGAAUGGUGAUAAGCUCCUUGUGAUACAACGGAUGGAUGGUUGAAACGUCUGGGUAUUCCUUUAUGCAUGAACAGGGCGAGUGUAUUAUAGUUGGUUUGUUUGCUUUAAAAGUUGGUCCGAAUAUUGCAAUUCUUAUUUUGAUUUUUUUCUCUAGGGUCGUCUUUUCUCCAUCUUAAUCCAUUAGUAAAUUAGUAGCACCUGUUUUCUUUGUCUCUGAAAAAAAAAUAUGCAAUUCUGUUUUGAGUAAUGUUUUCAACGGAUGAUCCUUUAAGAAGAAUUGUCACCUUUAUUAGUCUCGCUUGCUUUUUUAGCCGUUUUGGUUUGAAAUAGAGUAUCAAUUUCGACCAUUUUGGUCCGAAACAGGGUAUAGUUUGUGCCUUCUAGUCUUGAAUUGGGUAUAUUUUUUUAGAAGAAUUAGCUACUUCUUCAUCAUUUGGCGAUAAGACCAUUUCCCUUUUAAUGUUUAGGCCAACUACUGUGUACAUGCCGUAACAGCUUGUCAUGCGCUCCGGUCACGCGCCGGGCCCCAGGGCUUAAGGUCUGAAAUAGGGUAUCAAAUUUUUGAUCAGGUCUGAAAUAGGGCAGGGAAAAUCACAGAUUCUGCUCUGAAAUAGGGUAAGGGUUUCAGGAAGCGUGCUGCACACCCCACCCAAUUUUUCUGGAAGUACCCCCCCGGAAUUUCUUAUCCGUUUUGGUGGUCACAAAAAGCAGGUCAUUGUGCCAGGCCUUCCUUGUGGAGACCGUGGAAACUGGGACUAAGAAUCGUUGCGUGAUUGAAGCCACGCAUGUUUUGCAAAGAAAGCUUAGGAAAGAUGAAAUUAGGAGCUUUUCCGAAACGCGUCGGUCCACGAAUUCUAUCGCUUGAAAGCGUUGAUUACUUUGGAGCAAGUGAACACUACUGAGUGGUCGAAAAAAAAUAAGAAUCUUAAUUAGCAAAAUUGCGAUGAUCAGGUGUUGUAAACUUUCACUGUAUGUAAAUAAGUCUCGUGAUGAGCUUGCGAUUUAUUUUCGGCGAUUGAAAUGACGUCCCAUGUAAAUCUGGCAAUGAUGUAAUUUCUCUGGAAUCGAGGUCCUUGAAUUUUCGUGUAUUUAUACACGCGUAUAGCCUGCUACCGGAGAGGUAUUUUUGAUCGUCGCUAACACGCGUACUAAAUCAAUUCAGAAACAAAUAACAAGUAUCGAUGUCGAUAAAGUAGAAAGUAAAAAACCUUUAGAGAGUAAAUCAGUCUCCCCAAUUAGUAAGGCACUGUGCCUGAGCUAUAAGACAUGAGACUAUUAGAACUGCUAUAAAGUAAAAAAAUGAUCAUGCUUAUAAAAUCGCUUAUUUGAAAUGUACUCUUAACCUAACUCAAAAUCCAAAAAUAAAGCAUUUUCGUUAGAUAUAAGCCGAGAAAACGAAGGCCAAAGUUGGUAUCUAAGAGCGCUUUUUUGGAAAUAUUUAUAAUCACAGGGCUGAAAUCCGACGCGAUACUUUCCGUUGUUGACAACGCGUUGAGAACGUGUUCUGAGUUUCAAGUAAGCCAGGCCAAAUUAUAGCAAAAUUCGCUUACAUUCUGCUUCCCCAAAUUAAGUAUGAUUGUUUUGAUAUUUCUAAAUCAUUUCUAUGGCGGUAAAAAGCCUUCUACAGACACAUCAGAUAUAUGAUCCUUGUAAGGACGAUGACAGAUAAGGCCACAGUUUAAUGAUCUCAUGAGGACCCGCAAGACUUAGAGAUCGGCGAAGUCGGUCAUCUGAAAUGACCGAUUGCGCAAUGUAAAACAAAAGACGUGUUGACAACUCAUAGAAUACGAUCCUCUCUAAAUCAUCACGACUGAAUGUUUCAUUUUUGAGCUAUUUUGAAAAAAUAGCUCAUGUGUCAGUGGUGUGAGCGUAUGUAUCUUUGUGGCUUUGUAUCUUUGUAACUUUGUGUCUUUGUAUCUUUGUAUCUUUGUAACUUUGUAUGUUCGGAUGUUUGUUGCAAGAGCCAAUAAGGUUGAAGGUACUAUGAGUUGAUGCUAAGGAACCAAUGAGAUCUUGGCAUCUACUUAAAAAUCACAUUGCUAAAGGUCGAACAAGGGCACUUUAAGACCGCCAUCUUGAUUCUUUACAAUUUGUUCGUCUUUUAUGACGGCUACAGGUGUUUGGAAACAUUAUAUUAAAUAUCUUCAUGAUUCAAACGCUGUGUACAGUGAUGCAGCUGUUUAAGGGUUCAUAUUUUAGUGUGGAUGCUACUUCAAGACAUUUCUGACCGAAUUCGGCUAUCGCGAACGGUACCACGCACGUAUUUAUGAGUUGUGUUUCACCUGCUUCAAGGUAGAGUAUAAACGAUCAUAUAUUUUCAAAGCUCUUCCAGUGAAGCAAUAAUUGAUAUUUAGAUAUGGACUUUAAUUCGAAAGUAUGCGGCCUAUAAAAUGUGGUUUACAAGUUUGAAAAGCAGCUUAUUUUUUUUAAAGCUGUACCGAGCAUUGUUAAUCCUGUAAACAAGCUGUAGGAAUAUUAUUCUCUCGCUCACAAAGUUCAACAGACCUUUUUCGUUCCGCAAAACAACAACAAAAAGGAAUAAUAAGUGAACAACAUGAUACAUCCUUCCUGCAUACUAAGCAUUAUAGUUAUUGAAACGUAUUUUAUUUAGUAAAGAUGCGUAUAAACUUAAGUAGAAACGGUAGCGUUAGGGAAUAAAAUUGGAAGAAGCUAGUUGACACAAUAAUUAGGUACUGCUUUAUUGAAUGGAGUAACAUGAUAUGAGCAGAAAUAUAUUUCGGCAGUUUGUUAAUUUUCUUGGAAGUUAAUAAUUGUUAGGCUAUCAACCUUGACGUUGCAUGAAACAUAAUUUAAUUGCAGCUGUUGUAAUGAAGCCAAGGUGAUUUCUUAAAAUCGUUUGAGGAAAUUUUGUAGUAAAGAAUUUGCGUUUUUUUAAGUACGAAUUGUAAAAGGGUCAAAGACCAACAUCUUCACGUGCAAAUUGUGUGCAUGAGUUAUUUUUAUAAUUCUGUUUACUCGAUUACUGUGUUACUCGAAUUCCCUCACGUACGAACCACGAAAGGGAGCAAAGUCGAACACUUUCACGUGCCAGUUGUGUGACUGUACAUCUCAUGCACAUUGGCUUUUCACAAUAGUAAUAGUGACUUGAACGUAUGAAGACCUGUUUUGUUUUGUAACCAAUGCCUUAAAAAAGGCUCUUGUCUGUUAAGAAGCAAUAGCUGUUAAAACAUGAAGAAAUAAGUUGUCAGAGUUAAACACUGUUUCACUGAGUAGAAUCGCACGUGAAAACCUCGUGAAUUGUGAUGAUGCAACCAUAUACCACAAUGAUAAAAAUCCUGGUAUUUCGUAACUACUCGAAUUCGAUGAGUUACAUUUCGGCUUAAGAAACUCCGAGGAAACCUUAGAGUUUUCCCUCUAAUCAACGUUAACUUAUUUCUUCAUGUUUUAAAAGCUAUUGCUUCUUAAAAGACAAGAGCCUUUUUUAAGGCAUUGGUUACAAAACAAAACAGGUCUUCAUAGGUUCAAGUCACUAUUACUAUUGUGAAAAGCCAAUGUGCAUGAGAUGUACAGUCACACAACUGGCACGUGAAAGUGUUCGACUUUGCCCCCUUUCGUGGUUCGUACGUGAGGGAAUUCGAGUAACACAGUAAUCGAGUAAACAGAAUUAUAAAAAUAACUCAUGCACACAAUUUGCACGUGAAGAUGUUGGUCUUUGACCCUCUUACAAUUCGUACUUAAAAAAACGCAAAUUGUUUACUACAAAAUUUCCUCAAACGAUUUUAAGAAAUCACCUUGGCUUCAUUACAACAGCUGCAAUUAAAUUAUGUUUCAUGCAACGUCAAGGUUGAUAGCCUAACAAUUAUUAACUUCCAAGAAAAUUAACAAACUGCCGAAAUAUAUUUCUGCUCAUAUCAUGUUACUCCAUUCAAUAAAGCAGUACCUAAUUAUUGUGUCAACUAGCUUCUUCCAAUUUUAUUCCCUAACGCUACUGUUUCUACUUAAGUUUAUACGCAUCUUUACUAAAUAAAAUACGUUUCAAUAACUAUAAUGCUUAGUAUGCAGGAAGGAUGUAUCAUGUUGUUCACUUAUUAUUCCUUUUUGUUGUUGUUUUGCCGGAACGAAAAAGGUCUGUUGAACUUUGUGAGCGAGAGAAUAAUAUUUCUACAGCUUGUUUACAGGAUUAACAAUGCUCGGUACAGCUUUAAAAAAAAUAAGCUGCUUUUCAAACUUGUAAACCACAUUUUAUAGGCCGCAUACUUUCGAAUUAAAGUCCAUAUCUAAAUAUCAAUUAUUGCUUCACUGGAAGAGCUUUGAAAAUAUAUGAUCGUUUAUACUCUACCUUGAAGCAGGUGAAACACAACUCAUAAAUACGUGCGUGGUACCGUUCGCGAUAGCCGAAUUCGGUCAGAAAUGUCUUGAAGUAGCAUCCACACUAAAAUAUGAACCCUUAAACAGCUGCAUCACUGUACACAGCGUUUGAAUCAUGAAGAUAUUUAAUAUAAUGUUUCCAAACACCUGUAGCCGUCAUAAAAGACGAACAAAUUGUAAAGAAUCAAGAUGGCGGUCUUAAAGUGCCCUUGUUCGACCUUUAGCAAUGUGAUUUUUAAGUAGAUGCCAAGAUCUCAUUGGUUCCUUAGCAUCAACUCAUAGUACCUUCAACCUUAUUGGCUCUUGCAACAAACAUCCGAACAUACAAAGUUACAAAGAUACAAAGAUACAAAGUUACAAAGAUACAAAGCCACAAAGAUGCAUACGCUCACACCACUGACAUAUGAGCUAUUUUUUCAAAAUAGCUUAAAAAAUGGAUACGUGUUUUUGCGGUUUUUCAUCUUAAUAGACUGAUCAUGAUCACGAGCAUGUUCUUGGGCCGUAUCAUUGACCGAGAGUAUAUUUUUUUUGUUUAGUUGAUCUAAUCUAAAACAUCCAAUGUCUAACCCGUGGCGGUUAAAGACGUUUGCGGCUAUUUACUUGUCAAAAACAUAGGCACGUUAAACGUGCAUGAGCUAUUUUGAAUGCUUCAGUGUAACUUUAAUGCUUCGGUGUAACCUUACCAAGAGUGAUGAAUCUACCUCUUUCAUCCUAAAUGUAGAUUGGGUUUUGUGCCAAAUUGCAUAUUGCGGUACAUAAAUGAAAACGUGAAACGCUCAGCUGAGUCGAUCCUCAAGCUAUAUAUUCACUUUCCUCUGUCUUUCCCUGUUACAUCUGGUGCAAGUUAAACAAAUCGUUAAAGUGAAAUAAAUUUCUACUCACCAAACGUUGAUUAGAAGGAAAACUCUAAGGUUUCCUCGGAGUUUCUUAAGCCAAAAUGUGACUCAUCGAAUACUGAAUAGUUACGAAAUACCAGGAUUUUUAUCAUUGUGGUAGAUGGUUGCAUUAUCAUAAUUCACGAGGUUUUCACGUGCGAUUCUAUUCAGUGAAACAGUCUUUAACUCCGACAACUUAUUUGUUCAUGUUUUAAAAGCUAUUGCUUCUUAAAAGACAAGAGCCUUUUUUAAGGCAUUGGUUACUAAACGAAACAGGUCUUCAUACGUCCAAGUUACUAUUUAACAUUGUGAAAAGCCAAUCUGCAUGAGAUGUACAGUCACACAGCUGGCACGUGAAAGUGUUGGACUUUGCCCCCUUUCGUCGUUCGUACGUGAGGGAAUUCGAGUUAUCACACAGUAAACUAGUAAACAGAAUUAUAAAAAUAACACAUGCACACAAUUUGCACGUGAAGAUGUUGGUUUUUCGCCCUUUUACAAUUCGUACGUUAAAAAAAGGCAAAUUCUUUACUACAAAAUUUUCACAAAAGAUUUUAAGAAAUCACCUCGGCUUCAUUAUAACAUCUGCAAUUAAAUUAUGUUUCAUGCAACGUCAAGAUUGAUAACCUAACAUUUAUUAACAUUUGUGAAACAGUCUUUAACUCCGACAACUUAUUUCGUCAUGUUUUAAAAGCCAUUGCCUCUUAAAAGACAAGAGCCUUUUUUAAGGCAUUGGUUACUAAACAAAACAGGUCUUCAUACCUCCAAGUUACCAUUAUUAUUGUGAAAAGCCAAUCUGCAUGAGAUGUACAGUCACACAGCUGGCACGUGAAAGUGUUGGACUUUGCCCCCUUUCGUGGUUCGUACGUGAGGGAAUUCGAGUUAUCACACAGUAAUCUAGUAAACAGAAUUAUAAAAAUAACUCAUGCACACAAUUUGCAUGUGAAGAUGUUGGUCUUUGGCCCUUUCACAAUUCGUACGUAAAAAAGAGGCAAAUUGUUUUACUACAAAAUUUUCUCAAACGAUUUUAAGAAAUCACCUCGGCUUUGUUACAACAUCUGCAAUUAAAUUAUGUUUCAUGCAACGUCAAGGCUGAUAGCCUAACAUUUUUAACUUUCAAGAAAAUUAUCAAACUGCCGAAAUAUAUUUCUACUUAUAUCAUGUUACUCCACUCAAUAUAACAGUAUCUAAUUAUUGUGUCGACUAGCUUCUUCCAAUUUUAUUCCCUAACGCUACUGUUUCUAUACUUAAGUUACGCAUCUUUACUAAAUAGAACGAAAAAGGUCGGUUGAACUUUGUAAGCGAGAGAAUAAUAUUUUUAAUGCUUGUUUACAGGAUUAACAAUACUCGAUACAGCUUUCAAAAAAAUAAGCUGCCUUUUAAACUUCUAAAACCACAUUUUAUAGGGCGCAUACUUUCGAAUUAAAGUCUAUAUCUAAAUAUCAAUUAUUGCUUCAUUGGAAGAGAUUUGAAAAUAUAUGAUCUUUUAUACUCUACCCAGUUGUAGCAGGCGAAACUGACGUGCGUUGUACCGAUAGCCGAAUUAGGUCAGAAAUGCCUCGAAGCAGCAUCCACACUUAAAUAUGAACCAUUAAACAGCUGCAUCACUGUUUACAGUGUUUGAAUCAUGAAGAUAUUUUAUGUAAUGCUUCCAAACGCCUGCACCCGUAAUAAAAGACGAAAAAAUUGUGAAGGAUCAAGAUGGCGGUCUCAAAGUGCCCUUGUUCGACCUUUAGCAAUGUCAUGUUUAAGUAGACGCCAAGAUCUCAUUGGUUCCUAAGCAUCAACUAAUAGUACCUUCAACCUUAUUGGCUCUUGCAACAAACAUCCGAACAUACAAAGUUACAAAGAUACAAAGAUACAAAGUUACAAAGAUACAAAGCCACAAAGAUACAUACGCUCACACCACUGACAUAUGAGCUAUUUUUUCAAAAUAGCUCAAAAAAUGGAUACGUGUUUUUGCGGUUUUUCAUCUUAAUAGACUGAUCAUGAUCACGUGCAUGUUCUUGGGCCGUAUCAUUGACCGAGAGUAUAUUUUUUUUUGUUUAGUUGAUCUAAUCUAAAACAUCCAAUGUCUGGUGUUGGCCUUAUUCUGCGGUGUAAAGGCAAGGGCCGUCAGGCUGAUUUUUUCUAAUGCAUGGUUCUCAUCUGCGGCGAAACUACCUGAGCCAUCCCUUCCACCUGGAAUACUGUUCCGACAAAUGAGAAGAUACACCACUCUGAACAACAAACGACUGGAAUGGCCUGUAAUACAGCGACUCCUGACUGUAUUAUCGCGAGAGAACGCGCGAGCGAGCGGCGAAGGUUCUCACCCCGUAUCCUUUCGCUUGCCCCUCACAUUUGACUUGAGAGGCUACAGUUAUUUAUAAAGCAACUAAGAUAGUACGCGCGCUCGGAUUGGCCGAGAGGCGUGUUUGCAUGAGAGUUUGUAAACAUGGUUGUGACUUCAAGAUGUUUUUCUUUUCGUGCGCUAAUCGCGCAAGCACGAAUUUGAAAAAGUUUUCGAGUUCAAAACUCGACAAGUUUACUUUAUUUACCCAUUCCUCCGUCGGCUGAAACUUGGAAAAUUGUUACAAACAAGGUGUGUCAUUUUUUUUUUCGCUGACAUUUGAAGCGAGAAAAAUCCGUAUUUUGGAAAGGAUCUUUUGGCAAAACAAGAACUGAUUACGUGUGCAAGGUUUCAUGUACAAGACUUUCUCUUUUAAUCAGUGCCUUAACAAAACGUUUUGCGUUUUUUCUCGGAAAAGUUAUUUUAUAAAAGCAAUAGAAAACUUUUUUCCUGUGUUUGCAUAGCCUGAGAUAAACACUCGAGGGGUUGGGAGAAUUCUCGACAUUUAUGCAAACCCGAGACGAAGUCUCCGGUUUGCAUAACAGUCUCAAAUUCUCCCAACUCCUGUCGUAUUUAUAUCGGGCUAUGCAAACACUGAAAACGUUUUCUAUUGCUUAAAUCCCAGUGGAAACCAAUGUUAACUGAGUGACAUUAUUAAAUUUGCAGUCAUGACAACCUAGAGGUUGUUAAGGGCGAUGUGUUCCAAGCAGAUUCCCUUAUUCCUAUUCUUGAGGGCAAGAAUGCUGUGACGUCAUGCCUUGGAUUUCAUAGCGGAACUUUUUUCAACCCAACAACAUUGUUCUCCAAGUCCAUAACAGAAAUAAUCACAGCCAUGGAAAGGUACUAACUAUUUAAUUAUCAGUGAAAUGUGUCAGUGAAAUAACCUGCGUAUCACAACCCCCCUUUCGGUACUCAAAUGACAUACUGAGUUCAUUUUAAUUUUUUGCAGCCAUUUAAUUGUAAAACAAUUCUCUCAGUGGACAAUUAUAUUUUUACUAUUUUUAUCGGUUGCUGUUAUUGUUGUUAUUGUUGUUAUUAUAACUUUAUAGGGUAAGUUUAUAAAAAAUUCAAACUUCAAAUAGAUUGUAGGGUAUAUUUGUCGGUUAGUAUGGGCAGAAUCAGUCUCUCUUUCAGUUAGCACUGUACAAUGUAGUACAACAAAAUUUAAAUUUUCGCAUUUCUCGCCCUAAACAUUUCAUGGCGAUUAUUUCAACUCACUAAACUGGUCGCCAUCGUAGUUUCUUGAAACUCUCUAUUGAUAAAUCAUAUCCCACAUGUGACCCUGCAGGGGCACCCAACGAUAGUUUUCUCCUAAAUGCAUUGAAAACACUUUUUGGAAUAUCCAGAGUACUUUUAGGUCGGAAGGAAUACAUUUCAAGUGGCACUACGAAAUAUUCAUCUGUUCGGUCGUCCUAAGACAACUUGACCUUUACCGAUAAUUAGAUCAUUAUUCAUUUUGUCGAAAAUUUUAGAUGCUAUCUUAAGUUUUAUGAAGGUGAGAAUUUUUCCGAUUUAUUCAUAUUUCCAUUAUACUUUCGAAUCCGAAUAGGUUUUUUUCCUUUCCUGCGAACGUGAAAACGUGAAUCAAGCUUCAGAAAAUUGUAGGGUAUAGUUAUUAUAUAUAGGUUCAAAUGUCUGGAACAGACAUCUUGAAAGCCGUUUGUUUUCCUUGACCUUGGUUCCAUAAAGGACAAAACCUUUCUCCGCUCCAAACAGUCUACACUCAAUCUGCACUCAAUUCCAGACCAAAAAGGAUACUUCUGUAAAAGGCGGGAAAUUUGUCGCGAAACUCACGCACCACUGUGGCUUUUGAUUGGACGUGUCAUUUUUCUCACACGUGAAAAAUCAUCGUUCGCGUUUCUGAUUGGACGUAUCAUUUUUUUUCACGCGUGAAGAAUAUCGUUGGCUUCUCUGAUUGGCUAGAACGUAUUUGCCUAUGAAAAUUUACGACAUAGCAUUUUGGUGAGCGUGGUAAUAAUAGAUAGCUUUCUAGGGGAUGCUCCGAGGAGUAGCUCUCUUGCGUAUCUCAAGUACUUUCUAACACUCUUAAGUGUUAUUUACAGGAAUGGAAUUGAGAGACUGGUCUGUAUUUCUGGAAUUUACGCUCAGAACGACCCAGGCAAUCCCAGAUGGAUUACGAUGCUUAGACCGUUUAUGAGAGCCUUUAUUAACGACGUGGUUUUGAUGGAGAACACUGUUAUGCAGUCGAAUCUCAUCUACACUAUUAUGAGGCCUCCGUUUUUAACC